CUAAAGUUAAUUUUUCCCACGCUCCAACGAGGACAUUAGGGAUUCAAAUUCAUGCUAAAACCCACUUGAAAAACCUCCUCCUCCACCUAAAAAUCACAGCAUCCGGCCAGUUAAGCAUCACUUUAUGUAGUUAGUUAAAGACCUACGAGAUCCGUCCUCUGAAUCGUUGUUCUAAUUGAUUGUCUUAUGAUAGUUGUCUCUAAUGGAAAUCCGGAGCCCACCCCGUCCCACUUCGUCUGCAGAUUUCUACGCGCAUUUCCUGCAAACAAGCCUCAAGACCAAAGACUCAUUUGCUGGAAAAUUGAUUCAUGCUCGAAUAAUCAAAGCUGGGCUUCACCUCGGUGUUUUCUUGAUGAAUAAUCUCAUGAACUUCUAUGCAAAAAGUGGGUAUGCUUCAGAUGCUCACCGUAUACUCGAUGAAAUGACUGCCAAGACUAUAUUCUCCUGGAAUACAAUGCUUUCGGCAUAUGCCAAACAGGGUAGGUUAGAUGAAGCUCGUCGUGUUUUUUAUGAAAUUCCAGAUCGUGACUCUGUUUCGUGGACUGCUAUGAUAGUCGGAUAUAAUCAGAUGGGUCGUUUUGAAAAUGCGAUUCGGAUGUUUGUAGAGAUGAUAGGAAGUGGAGUGGCACCAACCCAGUAUACCAUCACUAAUAUUCUUGCUUCAUGUGCUGCCAUUGAAGCUCUGGAAAUUGGUAGGAAAGUUCACUCCUUUGUUGUUAAACUUGGCCUCCGUAGUUGUGUUCCUGUGACGAAUUCAUUGCUAAACAUGUACGUGAAGUGUAGUGAUCCAAUAACAGCGAAAGUAGUUUUUGAUAGGAUGAGAGUGAAGAACACGUCAAGCUGGAACGUAAUGAUUUCAUUACAUAUGCAGUCGAGUCGGGUUGACCUCGCUCUUGCCCAAUUCCAACAAAUGGCAGAACGAGAUGCAGUUUCGUGGAAUUCGAUGAUUUCAGGUUACAACCAGCAUGGUUUUAAUCUUGAAGCACUGGAAAUCUUCUCAAACAUGUUGAAGGAUGUUUUUUUAAAGCCUGAUAAGUUCACAUUGGCGAGUGCUUUGUCGGCCUGUGCCAACCUCGAGAAGUUAAGUCUUGGCAAACAAAUCCAUGCUUAUAUCAUUAGAACUGAGUUCAUAACCUCUGGGGCAGUCAGGAAUGCUUUGAUUUCAAUGUAUGCCAAGUCUGGUGGGGUUGAAAUUGCAAGGAAGAUUGUAGAGCAAAGUGGAUAUUUGGAUCUCAAUGUUAUAGCUUUUACAGCCCUGUUGGAUGGCUACAUCAAGCUUGGGGAAAUAAAACCAGCCAGACAGAUAUUUGACUCACUAAGAGAACGUGAUGUGGUUGCAUGGACAGCCAUGAUUGUAGGUUAUGUGCAGAAUGGCUUGAAUAAUGAUGCUCUGGAGCAUUUUAGAUCAAUGGUUUUAAAGGGUCCCAAGCCAAACAGUCACACUCUUGCAGCCGUGUUAAGUGUCAGUUCAAGCUUGGCUUCUUUGUAUUUUGGCAAGCAAAUUCAUGCAAGUGCCAUAAGAUCGUGGGAAGCAUCGUCAGUUUCUGUGAGCAAUGCUCUAAUUACCAUGUAUGCCAAAGCUGGAAGCCUUAACAGUGCAAAGCACGUAUUCAAUCUAAUAAGGCAGAAAAGAGAUACUGUAUCUUGGACUUCCAUGAUUAUGGCUUUGGCUCAGCAUGGUCAUGGAGAAGAAGCCAUAGAACUUUUUGAAGAGAUGCUAGCAGGUGGUAUUAAGCCUGACCAUAUAACUUAUGUUGGUGUUCUCUCUGCCUGUACUCAUGUGGGAUUGGUCCAACAAGGACGAAGAUAUUAUUAUCUGAUGCAAGAUCUUCAUAAAAUUGAACCGAGCUUAAGCCAUUAUGCAUGCAUGAUUGACCUGUUUGGGCGUGCAGGAUUGCUACAAGAAGCACAUGAUUUCAUAAAAAGUAUGCCUAUCGAACCAGAUGUUAUAUCUUGGGGUUCACUUUUAGCUUCUUGUAAGGUUCACAAAAACGUGGAGUUAGCAAAAGUUGCAGCAGAAAGAUUGCUUCUUAUUGAGCCUGACAACAGCGGGGCAUACUCAGCCCUUGCCAAUCUAUAUUCAGCUUGUGGGAGAUGGAAGGAUGCUGCUGAAAUUAGAAAAUCAAUGAGAGAUAGAGGAGUGAAGAAAGAUCAAGGAUUCAGUUGGCUUCAGGUACAGAACAAAGUCCAUGUCUUUGGCGUGGAAGAUGGGCUUCACCCACAGAAGGAUGCUAUAUACGAUAAGGUAGCAAAUAUCUGGAAAGACAUAAAAAAGAUGGGAUUUAUUCCAGAUACCGAAUCAGUACUGCAUGACCUUGAACGGGAAGUCAAGGAACAGAUUCUUCAACAUCAUAGUGAAAAACUUGCCAUCGCAUUUGGACUGAUAAGUACUCCAGAGAACAGUACGUUGAGAAUCAUGAAGAACCUUAGAGUGUGUAAUGACUGUCAUUCUGCCAUAAAAUUUAUCUCCAAGCUUGUGGGCAGAGAAAUUAUUGUGAGAGACUCUACUCGUUUUCACCAUUUCAAGGAUGGUUCUUGCUCUUGUCGGGAUUAUUGGUAGGCACAAGGAUGUUUCAAGAAACAUCUGACGUUCUCAUGUUUGUGCUACCUGCUUUUCUUAACGCCUUGAGAACAUUUACUAAUUGCUUGUGCGGGGUUGCUGUAUCUUUGGAGAUAGCAUGCAACUGCUUUGCCACAGUGGGUAUUUCCAACAUUGAUGUGACAUUUAUAGGAAGAUCUUUAUGCAUGAGUCAACCUGAAAAUAUCUAAAUUCUGGUACAUGCUUACAUUUAUCGUUAGAGGAAAUACUAUUCACAAGAGAUGGCAUUGUUUAAUUAUUUAUGCAUCAGUACACUUCAUACUCUGCUUUAUCUUAUGCCAAGGCCUUCUGACUAUAAAGUACCUUUAUUUUUGUAUCAAUGUCAGGUCCAGCUACCUUGUUUUGUUAAAUAAAGUGGUCAUAUUUGUUGAUUUGUUGAGAUUAUAGUUUAUAACUCAGAAAAGUGCACGUUAUAGUACUCCUAAUUUGAGAAAAAAGUCAUUAUGAGACUUGCCUUGCUUUACAUCCAAAACAUAAAUGGUCGCCGUAGGCAAAUUACACAUACGAAAUGCCUAUACUAGUCUACAUGGAGUAAUGCUUCUCGCCAUCCCUUUUACCAUCAUCUUCCCACCAUUCCACGAUAUGGUAUUAAAUGAUUAAAGACUAUUUGUUAUGUUUCACUUGUGGAUCAAUCAUUUGAUGCUACAGCAAGGGUGUUAGAGGAUGAUAGUGAAAAGGAUGAUAAAUAGAAGUUUUCUAUUACAUGAUAUGGUAGUGGCAUGGAUAAGUUAGUUUUUAUAGAAACUUAUGAGUAUUAUAGCACUUUGGUUUAAGUAAGCCAUUGCUACGAAGGAAGGUUUGUUCUGCGAUUUCAUGCUAGUCAUUUAUAUUUAGGCCUUUGGUUUUUGUCUUAGCAUCAUGCAACUGUUUGACCUUUCGGACAGAGUAACUCUCUUUGUGUGCAUAUUAUCCAUCUUUGGAUUCUUAAUAUUUUCUUACUGCUAUAGCUUUGAAUAAUUAUAAAAAUUGUUAAUUAUAAAAAAUAUUGUUGGUAAACAUAGCAAAUUUGGAAAAGACGAGAGGUAAAAUGAUAAUCACAAGAUAUUUGAACAAUGGUCUUUUUAGCGCUUCCAAACCUAUGCAGGCUGAUCUCUUUUGAAGCUGCGGUUGUCAAACUUCUACAUCUUUUACUAACAAGGUAUUGGCUCUCCUUUUAUAGAAUAGCUCUCUGCUAAUCGAGUUUCUUCCUUUGCCCUGUAGAUUUUGCCCCAUGAUUCUUACUUCUGUUGUAGCAUGGUCUCUGCCUCAUUUUAUUUGUAAUCACGAGUAUUUUUAAAGUUCUGAGACCUUUAUCAGGCCGGAGUGUGAAGGGACUUAUUGCAACCAUCAUUUUGAACCAAAAAGGAGAUUCCAGCCCUCCACUUAUGGUCUUUUUUGGAUCAGACUUGCCAUUAUACGCUCCAUGAGACUCUUCAAGCUAUACUCGUGUUUCAUUUGGCAUUGAAUCGGUCACGAAGUAGGUGUAAACAGUCCCCCAUCCGUUCAAACCCCUACAUGGAGGCAACAUUUGAUCCUACGUCCCAGAUAUGAUGUGGAGAUGCUUUAAUGGUAUUUAUUUUACAGUGUCUACAUUUUGCACAAGGUGAAAAGAUGGGGGCAACGGCAGCGUUAACUAUAAAAGAUCUACACCAUUUGGGGAGGGCAGUUUCGAACUCCAAAUCUCCAUUUUUGAGGAUGGGGAUACUGCCAAUCAGGCCAUAGACCUUUGGUUAGUAUUAUAACCUUUAUGAGUGUAUCAGAUGACAAUAUUUAGCGCAAAUUUAUGUUUUAUGCACAAAUAUAAAGUUCAAUAUGUAGUAGCCUAUUUUAUGAAUCAAACUUUUUCCUUGGCUGUAUCUAUUUGCUUAUGAUUCAAAAUAUGCAUGACAGCAUGAGAGAUUCUUUUAA